AUGUUUGUACUUGCUUGCCCCUCUGCUUCAAGUUUGGGAUUCAAGAAAGACGCUAAGAUGAAACAUAUUCAGCUGACCCAUAGCUCUCAGUUCCAUGUGGCACCUUCGGCAAUGACUCAGUUUUGGCACAAGGUCUUUGAAGAGGACGUUGGCAGGGUAAAAGUAUCAGUGUUAAUUGUUUUGCCUCUCGACUUUAAUACAAUUUGGCUCGUUUAUGCACACAUUCUACUAAAACCACACAUUUCCGCUCACAUCACACCAGCACCUUCACAUCUGGCAGUAAUCGCUGCACCUCCCACAUUAGCCACAGCGGACGCUGUACCUCUCGCGCAUACACCUCAGCCACAACCGCCACCAAGACCAGCGCCCACCAUGCCCACCCACUUCCAGCAAGCCCCAGUGCCAAGCACACACGUCCGGUACACGCCAACAAGUGCUGACACGACUCAGACGUUGACGAAUGGGAGCAAGGAGAAGGAAAAUGGAGCAGUUGGGAAGAGGAAGUGGACGAAUGGACAGAAGGCAGGAAGAAAUGGGGAAGUUGGAAGCAGGAAACAGUUUGCAGGAAACAGUUUGCAGGACACAGAAGUACUCAGUACCACGGGCGCGCCAUUCACGCACGCCACAUCACCGGCGCUUAUUCUGGCACACCCAUCAUUCACACCACCAUCACCAUCACUCGCACCUCGGUUAGCUUGGACUAUGCAGCCCAUGCUGCCACCAUCAACCACAGCCCUCACUUCGCCAUUCACAACCGCAUCCAUCUCAAUGUGCCCCACACCAUCAGCGCAUGUUUGCGUGCCACUAGCAACACCCAUACCACUCGCACCCCCCAUCCAUCGCCAGCACACGCCAUCUCUGAGCGUUCAACCCAAUGAUACACUGGCAAGUGCCAACGACGAAGUGAUGUGA